AUGAGAAAAAAAAAAAAAGGUAAUUUUUGCAACGUAGCGCCCGAAUGCGUCACACUUCGUGUAUAGAGUUACCCAGGGUGUACCACACGAAGAGGUGAACUGGCUUACACCCCAAAAAUGUUUGUUUAUUUUUAUUAUUUUGUGUUGCAUUUGUAUUAGUUUUAUAUUUUGCUUACACCCAUUAAUUCAGGGUAAGUAUACUAAUUUUAUUAUACUAAAGUUUUACUGAAAAUGUAUUAUAUUAAAGGCUCGCGUUUAAAAGUAUAAAUAUUUAAACAUGUGGGUGGUGUGUACAGAGAAUUGCAUUUGGAAUGGAAACUUUCACGUGCAUUAGUUUAUCAUACAUAAAAUGGGUACCUACAGGGCUACAGCUGCGGAUAAUAUUUAUCAUACGACUGGACAAAUUCGGACAAUUUAAUUUAAUUUAUCGAUACGAUUGCGGACGCACUCGGGUGGUUCUAUAUAAUUUGUCGAUAAGAUUGCGGUCGCACUCGGGUGAUUUAAUAUAAUUUGUCGAUAAAAUUGCGGACACACUCGGGUUAUGAAAAAGGUAAAAAUGUUAAACGGGACGCACUCGGGAUAUCCCUGGUCCUAUCGUUUCCCAGUGUCUGUGCGUCGUAUUAGGAGCAGGUACUAAACGGAAAGGGAGUUCCUCAGUUCCACGGCAUAUGUAACUUUUGCACGAUAUUGGGGAAUGGGAAUCGGCGGCGGAUCUGCGGUGGCAGACGAUUUCCUAAGAAUAUUAUUACAUCUAAAGUCCUGCACUAUGGAAUACUAUGCAAUGAGAACCAUCAUUGGCCGAUCUCAGUUUUCCGACUUUUCAGGAAGAACAAAAACAUCACUGACCACGGUAUCGUUAAUUACAAAAUGAAUACUAGAACCUGUCAGGUUCAGGUGAAACUAGUGACGAGUGUCUCUAAAAAACGAAUCAAACUUAAUAUUGAAUUUAUAAUUUUUCCAUAACAACGACGAUAAUAAUUCCAUCGUCACGCGUCAACAUUAAGAUCGACCGGGGACCACGGAUGGAUAGACCCAUAGGAAGAAAGGUAUUUUCCCUGUGGGUCCUUGUCUAUGUUUAUAUCGGAGGCCCCCUCGGGUCUACACAUUUUGUUUCGUAUAAUAUUCACCAAAUAGGAAUAUUUAAAACUAUAAAUUAUUAUUAUUUAAGAUUGAUAUUUUUAAUAAUAUGAUAACACGUCAAUAAUUUUCUUGCGGAUUUUUAAAAUGAAACUAUAUAAAUAUCAAUAAUAGUAUUUUAAAUUGUUAUUGUUAAAUGGAAGACCGAAAUAGCUGACCGACCGCCGCACGUUCUAUCCCGAUACGGGCGAUACGAAUUAUAAAUUUGUCAGAAAUGAUUGGGUAUUUAAUAUUUAUUUUUAAUACAUUUAUUAUUAUUGUAAUUUUGUUAUCCAUGAUCGUAUCAUUCGUAUUACACAGUCGACUGUUUUCAUUGUGCGCUUGUAAUGUUGAAGCAAUGUAUCUUGUAAUUAAAACUUGGUUUUACGAUUUUUACGUUUGGGAAUAUUAUUAAGUUAAAUAAGAAUAUAAGAUCGUGCAUUUAUGUAAAUGAUUUGUUUAUUUAUUUUUUUUUUUUUCAUUUACUAUCUAUUUGUGAUUUAAAAUCUAAGAGUUAAAACAAGGUAUCCAAGUGUAUAGUGUAUACCUAAACCUAGCCAUAAACUAUAGCAAGUAGCAACUACUAACUUGGUAUUUUGGUUUUUGUUAAUUAUAAUGAAUACUAAACGCAAACAUAAAUCCAGUUCAAAAAAACGCCAAGAAAAAAAUUGAGAAUUAUUGUUGCAAUGUGGAAAUAAUAAAAACCAAAUGAAAUUAAUUUUUUCAAAAGGUGAGUUCAAUUUUUAAAUAAUUAUGCUUCAGCACCUAUGUUAAUAUUCUAAUUUUGAAUUGAUAAUAAAUAAUGUAGUUAGCAAGUAGUGAGGUAGACCUACAACUUUUGGUGUAAAAUUAUAAACAUAUUAUAGACAGUGCCGUUUUUAUAAUUAUAGGGGUUGAUAUUGGGAAUAUAUCCGCUCCCUUUCCUUUGUUUUUUAAGAAAAGUUGUUUCUUACAACUCAAUUAUCCUGUGGGCUGUGAGUGACAUUAACAUUGAUUAAAUAUAUAUAUAUAUGUAUACAAUUAUAUUUAAUCAAUGACAUUACAAAAUAAUAACACAAUUAAAAUAACCCAGUGAGCUGAUUUUUUAAAACUAAAAGCUAAAUUGUAUUCUUAUAAUGUAUUAAUGGAUCCAUAUUGAUUAAGUUACUUAAAGUACAUCAUACACUGUAAUAAUAUUAAAAUUAUUUUAAAAACUUAACAUUUAACAUUUUUAAAAGUAUUCAAUAUUUAUUACAAACAUACAAUUAUUUUUUGGCAACUAUGAUUGCUAUAAUGCUAUUAAUUGUAUAGGUACACCUAAAGUUUCCAAUUCCAAUACAGAACACUGUGUGGAACAAAGUAAUGUUGAAGUCCCAAUUGUAGAGUUAGGUAAUUAUUCAUUUUAUUAUUCAUUUUGAUGGUUUUAAAAAAGUGUAUUUAAUAUGUAAAUGUAUAUUUAGUAUUAUUUUUUUUUAAUGUUAAUAAUUGUAAUUGAUUUUACAGGUGAACCUGAAGUUUCCAAUGCUGAACACUAUAUGGAACAAAGUAUUGUUGAUAUUUCAUUCAAAAAACUGGAUUCAAAUAAUAUUGCUAUGUAUUGGUUAUUUCACCCAUAUCAACCAACAAAUAAAAUUUCAUUUACAGCAGACAAAGCAUAUAAAUGAAAGGAUGGUAGUUAUAGAAAAUGGUUAUAUUACAGUAUCAAAGAUAAAGCUCUAUUUUGUUACACAUUUAUCGCAUAUGAACGUGAUUAUGAAGUAUUUAUAUGAGGUUUUAGUGAUUGGAAAC